UGUCAGUUUGGAAAGUUGUCCUUUCCGCUUGUUUCAUAUGAGAAGUCCUGUAUUUUGUAUGGACUGACAGUUUCGAAGAUGCUUCAGAGCUCAAAACGUUUUACAGGCGUUGUGUGACUGCAAUGUAGCCAUGGCCCUGAAGGACAGUUGGCAAACCUGAGGAGGAAAUAUUCAUAACCGCCUGGUGUCGGGUCUCAGCAGUUUUAGCAAUGGCUUACCUGGCCCAGUCAGUCCAUCAGCAGUUUGCCGGUCUGGUGCUUGGGUUUGUAGGAUGGAUAAUGAUGGCCUCUAUUUCUGGUGUGAACGACUGGAGGAUAUGGUCUGUGGACAAUCAGACGGUCAUCACUGGAGGACUGGCCUGGGUGGGCGUGUGGAGGGCCUGUUUCAACAGCCACAUUUUGGACUCGGCUGAGAUCUGCAAAAGCAUCAGCUUUACAGAUUCAUUCACUCCUCCAGAGAUAGCAGCUGCCCAGGUACUUUGCAUGACCGCUAUUGGAGUCGGGGUAGUCGCAAACCUGGUGGCGGGAUAUGCGGUGAGAAAUGCAUUAUUUGGGGUUGGCGGCGGGCAUGUCAGAUUGGCCUUUGUGAUGGCGGGUUCCUUGUACUGGCUAACUGCAGCGUGUUCUCUGGUCCCUGUCAUUUGGAAUAUGAGUUCUGUGCUGGCAAAUCGCACUAUAGAAUUCCCACCUGACUUCUACUUGCCUUCUGCUCCAGUAAAACAGGACGUGGGUCCAGGGAUUGGGAUUGGGAUCAGCUCAGCUUGCCUACUCAUUGUAAGUGGGCUACUAUUAAUGUGCUACAGGCAUCCCAAAACCAAGAUGCCUGAGAGUGGAGAAACUGGACAUUUUGAAAAAAAUCUAAGGGAUGAAGGCUCUCUUGGUGUAAUUAAUGAGAGUAUGGAUGAGGGGAUGAUCAACACAGCAUUUGAUUUGGAAAAUCUUUAAUAAUUAAUAAUAUACAUCGCUCUAUGGAAGGACAUUGAUGGCUCUACAUACAAUUUCUCAAGAAUUUUGACUAUUUAAGGUAAAUUUGUAUAUCUGAGUAUAUCAAAUAUUAUAAUUAAAUUAUUUAAUUACUAAAGUGACUGAGUGAACAGAAAUAUAGGCAACACUGAACUUUGAAGCCAUUUUAUUGGUAUCAAAUUGUUCAUAUGAGAGAUCCUUUAGCACUGGACUUUUUCGUAUAUUCUUGUUACAAAAUGUGCAGAACACACAACACUGUAUCUGAAAUCUGUGCAACAAAAUACUCUCCUAAAUGUCUGUAAUGUAAGCUAUAUAGCCUACUUUAUGUUAAUUGUAUAUGUAUGUAUACAUUUACCACGGUUUGAAAGUUUGGGGUCGGAAAGAUUUGUUAAUGUUUUUAAAAGAAGUCAAAUAAAUGCUCACCAACUCUGCAUUUAUUUGAUGAAAAGUUUAGUAAAAAUGGUAUUAUUGUGAAAUGUAAUUUUAAAAGAAAUGUUUUCUAUUUUAUUAUGUUUUAAAAUGUAAUUUAUUCCUGUGAUGGCAAAGCUGAAUUUUCAGCAUCAUUACUCCAGUCUUCUGUGUCACAUGAUCUGCACAUUUUCUGCUCAAGAAAUAUUUCUUAUUAUCACAGUUCUGAUGACCAUUGGUUAUUUGAAAUAUAUAUAUAUAUAUAUAUAUAUAUAGUCCUAACUGUCACUUUUGAUCAAUUGUGUCCUUGCUGAAUAAAAUUAUUAUUUUUUAAAAUCUUACUGACCCCAAACUUUUGAAUAUUGUGUGUAGAUAAUGUGUGUAAAAUGCUAAUUUAUUCCUCUCAGUUUUUUUUCAGAGUGAAAGUGAUGAUCCAAUAUGAUAAAAAAAAAAAAAAAAAAAAAAAAAAAAAAAUCAGACAGUGCUUACAUAGAUACAUUCACCUGCCACCAAAAGCUGUUCACGCACAAUAUCUUCAAUUUGAUUUUAGAUAUGAUUCAGCUGACUAAGUGUAUAUCUUUGAGCAGGGACAAGGUGAUUUCAGAGGAAAUAACCCCUGCCAUGCAGUGGAAUGAACUUUACUGUGAUUUCUCAGCUUGAAACUUGCCCUAUUACUUUGCCCUUAUUGUUUUUCUACACCCCCCAUGGGCUUUGAGUUUGUUACUUGCCAACAUUUAAUCUUGUUAAAAUUGAACAUUAAGUUUGACAAAUCCCACUGGAUAGUACAUGAUUUUCUUCUGUUAUAAAACCACAUAAUCCUCCUGAUAAUUUGACAAAGGGAAAUAAUUUCUUGCCAAUUAAAGUUACUUUUAUUUUUUGUG